UUUUACCAUAGACAAGAAGCAUGUAGACGAAACACGAACAAGCAUCAAAAUCAAAAUAAAUUUCUCCCUCAUCCCGAGGCAGAAUCUCCUCCCGUCAAGCGUGGCUAAUCAAGGUACCAAAAGAAAAAUGAGCAGCUCGGAGGAGGUAUCGUGGAUUACAUGGUUCUGCGGACUUAGAGGAAAUGAAUUCUUUUGCGAGGUGGAUGAGGACUAUAUAAGUGAUAAAUUCAACUUGACAGGCCUCAAUGAACAAGUACCACAUUAUAGACAGGCCUUGGAUAUGAUAUUAGAUUUAGAACCUGAUGAUGGAUUGGAAGAAAACCCAAAUCAAUCAGAGCUUGUUGAGCAAGCCUCGGAAAUGCUGUAUGGAUUAAUACAUGCCAGAUAUAUUUUAACUAGCAGAGGAAUUGGUCAAAUGCUAGAGAAGUUCCAAACUGGUGACUUUGGUCACUGUCCAAGAGUGUACUGUGAAUGUCAGCCAAUGCUGCCUAUUGGACUGUCAGACGUGCCCGGCGAGGCGAUGGUGAAGCUGUACUGCCCGCGGUGUAUGGACGUGUACACGCCGAAGUCGUCCCGUCACCACCACACUGAUGGCGCCUACUUCGGCACCGGCUUCCCGCACAUGGUGUUCAUGGUGCACCCCGACUAUAGGCCCCACCGGCCCACGUCGCAGUUUGUGCCCAGACUAUACGGCUUCAAGAUCCACCCGCUGGCCUAUCAGAUCCAACUGCAAGCGGCCGCUGGACUCAAGCGCUCGUCCCUGCGUACACUCUCGUACAACAACGAGACGAAGACGGCAGCAAACCUCCCCAAAUGAAUAACGUUAUCAAGAAAACAACGGUAACGCUAGCAAAGAACAAUAAUUAAUAUUUAUUGAAGUUAGUUUUUAUGAGAUUGUUUUUUAUUGGAAUAAAGUUAUUUAUGUUUA